AUGGCUUCGGAAAGACGAAUCAAGUCUCUCAAAUUGAGGAUUCGGAGCCUGGAAACAUCCUUCAACCUCAUCAAGGUUUUCGUCGACAACUACGACGAAGACACCCAAUCGGUUGAAGUUCCCGUGAGGCUCGAAAAUCUCGCUGUUCUUUGGACAGAUUAUUCCAAAACUCAGGCUGAGCUUGAAGCAUCCGAUGUCGACGACAUGGCAAUCGUCGAGCAGCAGUUCAAGCAGCGAUCCCAGUUUGAAACGGAGUAUUAUCGAGUGAAAGGUUUCUUGCUGGCCGUAAAUAAACAUGUUUCGACUCCGUACACUCAUCCUGUUCAGUCACAUGCGCACUUCCCUGCUUCAUCUCAGAUCCGGCUACCCGACGUAAAGCUCCCUGUGUUCAAUGGGUCAUUAGAGCAAUGGUUGAACUUCCAUGACCUGUUCGUUUCCUUGGUGCACUCUUCAAGUGAUUUGUCGAACAUCCAAAAGUUCUAUUAUUUAAGAUCUUCUUUGAGUGGCGAUGCACUAAAGCUGAUUCAAACCAUUGCAAUCAGUGCUAACAAUUAUCCCGUGGCUUGGAACCUGCUUGUAGAGCACUUUCAAAACCCGUUGCGUGUGAAACAAACUUAUGUUGACUCGUUAUUUGAAUUUUCACAACUUAAAAAGGAAUCAGCUUCAGAUCUUCAUUCGUUGGUCGAAAGGUUUGAAGCCAACGUUCGAAUCCUGAAACAGCUUGGAGAAAGAACUGAGUAUUGGGACGUGUUGCUUAUUCGAAUGCUGAGUAUCCGCCUUGAUUCUACAACUCGUCGAGAUUGGGAAGAAUUUGCGUCUUCAAAAGAGUCAACAACAUUUCAAGAUCUUGUAAGCUUUCUUCAACGACGAGUUACGGUUCUGCAAUGUAUGAGUAAUGGUCAGCAAGAGUGUUCAGCAACGACUUCAGCGAAAAAAUUGACUUCUCGUCCUCCACUUGUUAGCCACGGGGCUACUCAGCUCCACUAUCGGCAGUGUUUCGCUUGCUCCGACCAUCAUCCGUUAUACCAGUGUUCCGUUUUCUCCAAAAUGACUUCCGAAGACAAAGAGAAACUCGUGCGCCGCCAACAACUUUGCCGAAAUUGUCUACGGAAGGGUCAUGUGAGUCGAAACUGUUCGUCGAAAAACACCUGUCGGAAAUGCCGAGGUCGACACCACAGCCAGCUUUGCAGCGAUGAUCAUUCUCAACAAGAGCGCAACAAGCAACGAGUCGAAUCAACCUCAACAACGGAGACUGGUGCUGCUAGCGAAGCAGCCUCACCAUCACUAUCAGCAGCGAUUCAUAACCCAGAAGCUGGUCUCCAUCCCAACAAGGUGAUUCUCGCAACCGCUGUGAUCACUUUGCUCGACGAUCACGGCAAUUCACACGCAGCAAGGGCACUUCUGGAUUCAGGAAGCGAGUGCAGCUUCAUUACCGAGUCGUUUUCUCAACGGCUUCAGAGUCGUCGUGAAAAGGUUCACCUUUCGAUCUCCGGAAUUGGCCAAUCGUCUACACAGGCUCGGCUAAAGCUCCGCACUACAGUACGCUCUCGGACUACUAGGUUUUCCACCAUCGUCGAAUUACUUGUUCUUCCAAGGCUCACCCUAAAUGUGCCCUCGACAUCCAUGGACAUUUCAAGGUGGAGUCUUCCGGAAGGAAUUCGGCUAGCCGAUCCAGCGUUCUACCAGACGAAUCCCAUCGACGUAGUUCUGGGCGCUGAAAUCUUCUUCGACGUCUUCAAACCGUCAGGCAGAAUAUCGCUCGGAGGUGGCCUACCAAUGUUGGUUAAUUCAGUCUUUGGCUGGGUGGUCUCUGGGAAAGUAACGAAGUCCAAUCACAUCAACACCGUUUCCUGCAAUGUCGCUACUGUUUCGGACAUCUAUCGUUUCAUGCAACGUUUUUGGACCAUUGAGGAAGAGAGCGCAGUUCCCAGUCUCUCGGUUGAAGAAGCAGCUUGCGAGGAGCAUUUUCGCCGAACAGUUCAACGUGCUCCAGAUGGCCGGUACAUUGUGCGAUUGCCUUUGAAGGAGGCUGCGGUCAACAUAGGCGACAACCGCAACACUGCACGACGUCGAUUUUAUCUGAUUGAAUCUCGUCUUCAACGCAACAAAGAGCUACAGAUUCAAUAUCGGGACUUCAUGGCGGAAUACGAAACCCUCGGCCACAUGCAGCGUGUGGCGGAUACAGCUGAAUCCGAUUCUUCCCGGUAUUAUCUACCUCAUCAUCCCGUAAUUCGAGAAACAAGCUCUACUACCAAGGUGCGAGUUGUUUUCGACGCCUCGUGCAAAUCAGCAACCGGAAAAUCCCUGAAUGAUGUGCUUAUGGUAGGCGCAGUCAUCCAGGACGAUUUGAGAGCUAUCAUUCUGAGGUCCAGGCUUCACCAGAUCAUGCUCAUCGCUGACAUCAAGCAAAUGUAUCGUCAGAUACUGGUAGACGACAGAGACAUCCCACUUCAGCGGAUUUUUUGGCGGAACUCCCCGGAACAACCGCUAGAAACCUUCGAGUUGAAAACGGUCACCUACGGUACGGCCGGCGCACCGUUUCUUGCUACCAGGGUCCUCCAGCAACUAGCCGAAGACGAAGAGACGAACUUUCCCGAACUAGCACAGGUCCUCAAGAGAGAGGUGUACGUAGACGACCUCUUCACCGGCGGAAGUUCUCCAACGAAGGUAGCUGAGCUACGGGUUCAGCUUGACCAGUUAUGCAGGAGAGGUGGAUUUGAAUUUCGAAAGUUUGCCUCUAAUUGUGAAUCGGUUCUCGACGGCGUGUCUCCUGAUAGACGUGCAAUUCAAUCCUCGGUCGAACUUGCAGCAGACCAGUGCAUCAAAACCCUUGGCCUACACUGGGAACCAACAGCUGACAACUUGCGGUUCCACAUCCAACUACCGAAGCAACCACCAGACACCCUCAUGACGAAACGAAUCGCUCUGUCGCAAAUCGCUCAACUCUUCGAUCCUUUAGGUCUGGUUGGGCCAGUAAUCGUAACCGCCAAAAUCUUCAUGCAGACGCUGUGGAGCCUUAAUUCCGAAGACGACAAACCUUGGGGCUGGGAUCAACCGCUGCCAGAUUCUCUCGCCACUUACUGGAUCAAGAACUACUCGCACUUGCCUCUGCUGGAGAAACUAAGAAUCCCUCGAUGUGUUGUUUUGCCCGAUCCAUCAAACGUUCAGCUUCACCUAUUUUCGGACGCAUCGGAACAAGCUUACAACAGGAACGCCCCAGCAAACAACAGGAAUUGA